UUUUGCAGUAUUGAAAAUCGGAAUUUCGUUCGUGGUGAUUUUUCCGAUCGGUACUUCGGCAUGAUUGGCAUAAUAAAACUGUUCGAUCGUUUUGUUUAGUUGUGCAUUGUAUGUAUUCUUAAAUAAAUAUUUAGAAUAAGUGCCGUUUUCUGUCGUUUACUUCGAUAUGUGCGUAGUAUGUACAUUGUGAGAGGUUAUGUUAUGCCCUUUACCUUUUCAGGGUGAAAAGUAAUUACCAGAGCCAUGGACCCGAACAUUUAUGCUCUGGUCCUUGACACCCUGAACCGUGCCACCAGCCAGGACCCGGAAGUGUUGAAGCCAGCUGAAAAGAAAUUACAAGAAUGGGAGCUGGAACCUGGCUUCUAUUCUGUUCUCUUGAAUGUCCUCUCAAACCACUCCAUAGACGGGAAUGUAAGAUGGUUGGCAGUAAUGUGUUUCAAGAAUGGUGUGGACCGUUACUGGAGGAAGAAUGCUCCCAAUGCCAUCAGUGAUGAAGAGAGGAUAAAGCUGAGGCAGGGUCUCCUCAGCACAAGCAUUUUGAGUGAGCCAGUUGCUCAGAUUGCUACUCAGCUAGCUGUAUUGAUUUCCAAAAUUGCCAGGUUUGACUGCCCAGCCAACUGGCCAGACUUAGUGCCAGAGUUGAUGGGUGCACUGAAAGCGCCACAGCCUCUGGUUCAACACAGGUCACUCCUAAUCUUCCAUCAUGUUGUCAAAGCAUUGGCUUCCAAAAGGCUUGUGGGGGAUCGACGAACAUUCCAGGAGCUAACAAACACAGUAUACUCGUUCAUCCUUGCGCUCUGGCACGAGAACACAGAGGUAUUCCUCCGACACAUUCAAGAAGGGGCAGCUACAGAACUCAUAACAGAACAUCUAGAGAAAGCACUUCUAUGUCUCAGGAUAUUGAGGAAAUUGACAGUGUUUGGCUUUAAGAAGGCACAUGAGAGCCAGGAUGCUAUGGCCUUCUUGAACGUCGUGUUUGACCGCGCUAAGACCAGUUUGGAAUGCAGAAAACUCCUAAAAGGCAGAGGCAUUUACCCACUGGAGCUUUGCGAAAAGUUCAUAAUACAUUUGACUAAAGUGGCUCUUGGAGUACUAUGUGCCCAACCAUUCUCCUAUAUGCCUCUUAUCAGGCCUUCAUUGGAGUUCGCUCUAUACUACUGCUUUACCGAGCAAGGCAUGGCUCUGAUAUAUGAACGGUUCACGAUACAGUGCCUCAAUAUUGUAAAGGGAAUCCUGCAGUGUGUGGAGUAUAAGCCGCCGAAAGGAGAUCAGGGGAAGGAGCCAUUGACUCUCCAAGCCCACCAAGUAAAGAUGGAGGUCUUAGAUGCCAACACGCUCUGUCACAUGUGUCGCCAUCUCGUGUCUCACUAUUUCUUGCUGAGCGCUGAUGAUCUCGCGCUGUGGGAUGCGGAGCCCGAGAGCUUUGCCACGGACGAAGCCGGGGAAUCUUGGAAGUAUAGCUUGAGGCCUUGCACAGAAGCGUUGUUCAUGGAGCUGUUCCAGUUCCGGAACGUAUUAGCUCCGGAGCUGGUCCGACUGUUAGCAACACUACAGACACAACAGAUAUCGCCUGACGACUUGCCCGGGAUACUGAAGAAGGAUGCCAUUUAUAACGCCGUUGGAUUAGCUGCUUUUGAUUUGUAUGAUGAUGUUGACUUCGACGAAUGGUUCACGAAUGUCCUCAGUCAAGAACUUAAGAUCAAAGAUAAUAACUACAGAAUAAUACGAAGAAGAGUCUGUCAGCUUAUUGGUCAAUGGUGUGGUGUUCGCGCCUCUCAAUCAUUAAGGCCAGCAAUGUAUGCGGCCUUACUAGAACCUCUGAGUCGGGUAGAUGAAGAUGCUGCCGUCAAACUGGCGGCGGCUGAAGCCUUGAGGAGUACUAUAGACGAUUUCAACUUUGACGUAGAACAGUUCGCGCCGUACGCCCCGCAUGCAAUCGCUGCGCUUUAUGAACUCCUGGUGGAAUCGGAAGAGUGCGACACGAAAAUGCACGUUCUUCACGUAGUGUCGUACGUGAUGGAGCGAUGCGGGUCCCGCGUGGCCCGGGGCGGCGGCGCCGGAGCCCUGUUCGCGUACCUGCCGCAGCUGUGGGCGCACGCCGCCGCCGCCGCGCACAACAUGCUGCGCGCCGCCGCGCUCGCCGCGCUCGUGCACCUGCUCAAGGCGCUAGGCGAAUGUCCUCCAAACAUCCGACCCUGGAUCCUCAGCGUGGUGAACGAGUCCACGAAACUAACGGAGCCAGCACAUGUCUAUCUACUUGAAGACGCGCUGGAACUCUGGUUGGCUGUUCUAGAAACUUCGCAGGCUGCUGAUCCCGCGACUUUGCAGUUGGCUGAAAAUCUACACCCAAUAUUAGAACAAUCAUCGGAACACCUCCGGAUAGUGGUAUACAUAAUGCAAGCCUACACACUCCUCUGCCCCGAGGAGUUCCUCUCAGGGCCGGGAGGGAAGUGCAUGUUCCUCCUCGAAGACAUGCUGAGUGACAUGAGGACUGAGGGAGUCAUUACGGUACUCAAAAUGGCGGAAAUCUGCAUCAGUGUCACGUUCCCCGAGCGGAAUGCCUUCUUGGGGGUGAAAGUCAUCUGGCCUAUACUUAUUAGGGUUAUACACUGUCUCCUAGAAGGCGACGACCUCCCAAUGGUACUCUCCGUACAACUAUGCCUCGUCUCCCGCGUCAUCCUGCUAUCAACGGACCUCUUCUACAAAGUGGUACAAGAGGCAGCUGAAUGUGUGUCUGAGUAUGACUUCGAUUCCGCUAAGUUGCUGAACAGGUUGCUACAUGUUUGGACUGAGAAGAUGAACUUGGUGACACAGGUUGAGAGGUGGAAGGUUGUUGGUCUUGGUCUAGCAGCCCUGCUUACGACACAGAAUGCCACAGUUCUGCAGCGGUUCCCGGCGAUACUGCUCAACUUGACCGAAGUUCUCAAUGACGUCAUGAAAGUAGAGGACAACGGCGCCUAUAUAGACUCUCUUUACCACAGUGCUCUACUAGCGCCUCCGGGGUCUCGGCCGGCGUCGCCGCUGGAAGGGCGGGGCGGCGCGGCGCGCUGGGGCGAGGCGGGCGGCGCGGGCGGGGGCGGCGCGGGGGGGGCGGACACUCCUCACGAGCUGCGCAGGCGUUCCCUCGUGGCCACGCACCCCGCGCACACCAUCGACCUGCGCGCUGUCACACACCACCAGUUGGAGACAUUGAAGAACCAGGUGGGCGCCGAGACCUUCGACCGUCUAGUGCAAUCGACUGACCUCGAGACCUUGAAACAGAUAAGAGAAUACAUACCGCUCUGAAUAUUAACAUAGACUAUAUUAAUAUUGUACGGCUGUUGGUGUUAGAAUAGAACCUUUUGGAAUACUGUUAAGUUAAAGCUUGUUACUUUCGUACAUCAUUUUCGUUCUGUUUAGAUAAAAGUACAUAACUUCUUUUUCCGAGCAAAUUCGGAACAGCGAAACGACACGAGGUUAAAAUUCAUCACAUUCUGGGGCUUACCAAAAACAUGGUCAAGUCGAUAAACAAUGAUUUUCUAACAUUAUACAAAUAUUAACAUAGGAGAGGACUCUUGUAUUAGUUUCGCUUGUAACAAUGUAUGUAAGAAAAUCUUGGAAUCUUAAUUUGACCCACGUCCCGGUCUUCGAUUAGGAUGAAAUUAGUCACACGCUGAAUUCUCUGAUGACAAUACCUGACAAGCUAAGAAACGUCAUUACAAAUCGAAUAUUGCUGCUUCCCCAAAAUAAAAUUUCUAAAUUAGCAAUAUUCUAAUGAUCUCAUUCUAACACCAUCAGACUUAAUUUAUAAUAAUUAUUAUUGUAACUAUGCUUUUCUAUCCCAUCGUCGUGUAAGCAUGGACUCGACAGAGUUGCUGUUUAUAUUUGUACAUUUUGUAACACUUAUUUAAAAGUAUUUAAAGUUCAAUAUCGCUUGUACUUCGAAACGAAUACACGUUCUUUACAUUUUCGACUGUAGACUUUGAACAUCAGUCUUCCAAUACAUUGAACCUCGAUUUUUGGAUUCUUUUAAUUCAUUUGUUACAUAAUAUGUAUUUGGUAAUUGGCUGACAAAUAAAACAAUUGCUAUGACUAUAUUUGACAACAAUUUCAAUACGAUUUUAAACUAUGCCAAGCAAUAAUAAUUGCUUAGUCCAAUUGUGUUGCAUUUUAUGUUAAUAAUUUCAUGUUUUAUUAUAAAACCGCUAACAACAGUAUGUCUUUUAUUUUGUUCAUUUAUUUCUACAUAGAAACUGGCCUUAUCAUAAUACAUGUUUGAUGAUAAAUCUGUGUAUAUGUGAUAUUAUUACAAUUUCCUAUACUGUAGCUUUAAAUAUUGAACAUGUCUGUUAAACAUAGUUGUGUUACGACCGCAUACAGGAACACCACUUAAUUUUACGUAAAUUGUAGCCAGAGAAGAAUACAGUUUAAAGACUUGAAAUUAAAAAAAUAUCGAAAGAAAAUAGUUUACUGUAUUGACCGAUUCUUUAAAGAAGAUUAUUCGAAAAACAAUGCAAUUACGAUUUAUCGAUUGAGCAUCGAUUUCUGCCAAUCGACAAUGCCAACUUGGCUGUAUUGUGUGAAUGAAUAAAAAGUAAAAAAUUGUGUGAGUGUUCAAUAGCAUUUAAAAGUAUCGAUAGAUAUUGAAAAAAUAACUGUUAAUAAUGGCCUUUAAAUUAUAAUAAUAAAAAGUAAACAGAAAUAAAUAUAACGAGAACUUAUGAUAGAAAUGUUUAAUCUAUAGUUACAUAAAACAGUCAAUAUUGAUUUGCUAAGCUUAAGGAAGUGUGUAUACGAAAGUGUUAUUAAAUAAUAGGAACAGGAUCCGUAUUAUUAAUUUGACUACAGAUUUUUUUUUUUUUACUAAAUAUGUAUGUUUUCAAGAAUUUUGUUCAGUGUUUCCAUUGUUUAAGCUUAUUUUGCUCUAUCGGAGUAGUAAAAUUAAAGUGGCUAAAACAUGGUAUGAUAUGUAUUGGGAUUUGACGUGCAUCAACUUCGUUUUAUGAGAGUCUAAGGGUAAGUUGCAACAUUUAACUAUAACGGUAACCAAAUCCUAACCAGCCGUAUACUUGCUACCAAUUGUUCAAAUCGACGAUUUGACAGCUGAAAAUGGUUCAGUUAUGGUUAGGUAUAGCUAAAUGAUGCACCUCACCGUUACUCUAUAAAUACAGAUAUAUUUUAUGGUAUCACCCAAUAUUGUUGUGUUGUAUUUAUCCUUAAUUUUCUCAAUACUGACUCAGAUAGGAACUAAAUAUCCUGUUAGUUUAAUAUUUUUAUUAAAAUAUUACGGAUCCACAAGGCAUGGUUACAUGAUUUGUAAACUAAGAAGCAUAAAAGUAUGUUUGCUUCGUUACAAUGUACUAUUAAAUUAUAAUCUCUUACAUUUCAUGUAACCCUACUUUAAUUAUUGUAAAGUAUGUAUGUACUAUGUACGGAUAAAACUCGAUUCCACAUGUGUGAUUGUAAAAUAUAUAUAAAAAUAAAUACUGAUGCAUAUUUUUUUAACGCUCGUAUGUAAUCUUAGCUUGUACGAUGUACGGGAAUAACCUGUAUGGUUUUUAUUGCACAUAAAUAUACAUUAACUUGUGUAUUAGUUGUUAUUUGACAUGGUUUUUCUAUGGGGGCAAUUUCAAUCUUAUAGCUAUCGAUAUCUUGAGAAUAUACAAUUUCAUAGUCAACAUUGCAAGAUCUUUGGUCCAGAGAAAUUCCGAAUGUUUUGAGGUAAUUUUCUUGCCAUACAAAAACCAUGUUAAAUAUUCUUCUUCAUAGUAAAACUUCCUUCGCUCGCUCUAUAGUAAACUAAUGAUCUAAAUAAUUUGUUUAGAGAAAGAAUAUAAAACGUAGAUAGUGCGGUGAAGCUAUCUGUCCUAAUACAAACUAGAUUCGCUCUUAUUGUAACUAUUAUAGAGUUUAUAAUUACGGAGCGAUAAUGUUGGCCUGAAUAUCUGUGACGAAACAUUUUGUUAGUAAGUAUAUGAAAUUUAAACUUCUAUUGAGAUCUGUGUUCCUGGUAUGUGCUUGCAAUUUAACAGUUCAUGGAUUGGUAAUAUAUUGCAUUUUUACAUGUAUUUUCGCAAUUAAUAAACCGAAGCUAUUUAAGAAGGCAAUAGCAGAUUUUGUGUUUAUUUUAGUUUUUAUAAUAAGUGCUGCUUUUUGUUUCAUAUGGGCGAUAAGAUCUCUUGAGCAAUUCAUUUAUCGUCCUAUUUGCACCGUACUACAAAGGAACACAGAAUAGUUAAACUAAAUCAAAAUUCAAAAUUUCACUGUUUUUAGCGUAGCCCUCCCUGCCAGGUCGUCUAGACGAGUAAGUACUAAUCUAGAUUCAGUCUAGUGUUGACGACGCAAUGACUAUCCCUAUUGUUAGAUCUAAUGCAAAUUAUAGACGAAAUAAAUUGUUUUACAAUGCCAA